UAUUUUAUUUAUUUUACAGUGUAGGCUUCUUUAGAGAGCAUCAUAUUGGUGUGCAACAUCAGAAAUGCAUUGUGCACUGCAUACGGUGCCAGUGCCAUCGUGUGUGCAGCAUUUGUCGGCAUGAAUAGCAAACAUAGCCUACAGUGAAAGUAUUAAUCUCACUAGACAUUGCUGGCCACUGUAGGCGCGUGCAGCAGGUUUGGGCACGUGCAGGGGAAAAAGCGCUCUAGGUAGGCAGCUCACUAGUUUUUGAGACACAACCAGACCCCUCACGGCGCGCUCAUACAUUGCUCUGCCUCCUUACGCAAACUUUACGCUCGUACCUGCAGUUUAGACGAUCAUUCAUGAUUUUUUCCUCACUUGCUGUCGCUUGAACGCGUUGCCAUGACAGCAGCGGCUCUGACUGCGCUCUCCCUGAUGAGUUUGCUCAGUCUGGGCUAUCUGUCCCAGGACUGGACGAGUCCGAACCAGGUCGAGCAGCCGAACCAUCCGCGUCCGCACAUUAUCUUCAUCAUGACAGAUGAUCAGGGCUUCAACGACAUCGGCUACCACAACAGAGACAUCCACACACCGACACUGGACAAGCUGGCAGCGGAGGGAGUGAAGCUGGAGAACUACUACAUCCAGCCCAUCUGCACUCCAUCCCGCAGUCAGUUCAUCACUGGCAGAUAUCAAAUCCAUACGGGUCUCCAGCACUCGAUAAUCCGCUCUCAGCAGCCCAGCUGUUUGCCCUUUGACCUCCGGACAUUGCCGCAGCGGCUGCAGGAGGCGGGAUAUGCCACUCACAUGGUGGGCAAAUGGCACUUGGGCUUCUACAAGCGCGAUUGCUUGCCGACCCGCCGUGGAUUCCACACAUACUUCGGCUCUCUGACGGGCAGCGUGGAUUAUUACACCUACAAGUCAUGUGACGGGCCGGGAAUUUGUGGGUACGACCUUCACGAGGGCGAGCGUGUGGCGUGGGGUCAGGGAGGGCGUUAUUCCACCCAUUUGUAUGCGCAAAGAGUCCGAAAAAUCCUCGCCGCUCACGAUCCUUCAUCCCAGCCUCUUUUCAUUUUCCUCUCUUUCCAAGCCGUGCACACACCAUUGCAGUCGCCGAAGGAAUACGUCUAUCCGUAUCGACAAAUGGGAAAUGUGUUUCGCCGCAAAUACGCCGGGAUGGUUUCGGCCGUAGAUGAGGCGGUAAGGAACGUGACGUACGCGCUCCGAAAGUAUGGCUACUAUAAGAACAGCGUCAUUAUCUUUUCUACAGAUAACGGCGGACAGCCGCUCUUUGGCGGGAGCAAUUGGCCUCUACGAGGAAGAAAGGGAACGUAUUGGGAAGGAGGAGUCCGUGGGAUUGGAUUCGUCCAUAGUCCGUUGUUGAGACGCAGGAAGAGAGUUAGCAAAGCUCUGGUUCACAUCACUGACUGGUACCCUACGCUAGUGGGACUCGCAGGAGGGAACGUUUCCCGGAUGGACGGGCUUGAUGGAUAUGACAUGUGGGAAACCAUUAGUAGCGGGAAGGAGUCUCCACGUUUGGAGAUCCUACAUAAUAUCGAUCCGCUCUACAACGCCGCCAGGCAUGGAUCUUUAAAAAACGGAUACGGGAUCUGGAAUACGGCUGUGCAGGCAGCGGUUCGAGUCGGAGACUGGAAGCUCUUGACCGGAAAUCCUGGAUAUGGAGACUGGAUUCCGCCUCAGAUGCUGGGAAACUUUCCGGAAUCUUGGUGGAAUUUGGAACGGCACAUGGAAGCGAAGAAAUCCUUGUGGCUCUUCAAUGUUGCGGACGAUCCGUAUGAGCGUUACGAUCUCGCAGAGCGCCGGCCAGAUGUGGUCAAGCAGCUGCUGGCUCGGUUAGCGUUCUACAACCGGACCGCCGUUCCAGUGCGCUACCCUGCAGAAGAUCCCAGAGCCGAUCCGAGACGCAACGGAGGGGCUUGGGUUCCUUGGGAAGGAGAUGAUGAAAACUGGGAGGCGUUUUACCUUCGAAAGAGAAAAGUCAAGAAGCAAAAGCGGAAGUUCUGCAAAAUGAAGUCAUUUUUUAGAAGACUUAACAUUAGAAUGAUGUCAAACAGGAUUUGAACAAACACAUCCUGCAAGAACUUACUAUUACAGAUGCUGCUGACAGUAACAAAUUAUUAAUCUGAUUAUGAAUUUGCCUGGUAUGGAGAGUCCCAUGAUCACAUUCACUGAAGCAUGUGUUUCUGCUUACUGUUUUUGAUCAUCCACAUCUUUUCUUUGAGCAGAUUUUGACCCCUGCGGUUUUCUGAUAAUGUGACCUUGAAUCCCUGUGCAAUGAAUGUUGAAAGAAUUAAUGAAUAGAUUUUGUAUCCUCUCUGAUCUGGUGUACAGUGCUUGCACCUCAUAUUUAUAUAAAAUAUCAGCCAAGAGACUAAAAUGAAUCUGUUAAGUUGUUUUGAGCAUGUAUGUGACUGUUUGCUAUCUUUAUGUUUGUUUGCUACCUGAUUCUACCUAUUCUGGUUACAUAAAUAAACUUUUUCAGAAGACUCAAAUUCUCUUGUACUGAGACUACUGUAAUUUCCAGUGGACUGAUUGCCCUCUAGUGGACACCUGACAAUUCUUUAUUUAGACUACUGGACAAAUAAUAGUGCAUUUGCUUGGCUUUGCUAUGCUAUAGCUGAUUUCUUGAUAUUUUUUUUAUCUUGUUUUUUUUUUAACAUAUGCAAAGCAUAUCGCCUGUUUACCUAUAAAAAAUACUGGUUAGGGGCCUUCUGGGACUGCACUAUAACUGCACACAGAGACAGUAUAAAGGACUGCUUGUUAAGUGUGUCUUUCAGAGAAAUGGGCCUCUCAGAUGAGGGCGCCAGACUCUAAACUGAGAGACUUCUGAUUCUUAACAGCUUGACUUCAUUUUAUUGAG